AUGAUGUUGCCAAGAUCCAUGAAAAGUAUAACUAGAGGAAGAAUUCUACAUACUGCCACAGUAAGAGCCUUUCAAUCUACCGCAAAAAAGAGUUUCACCAUCCCAUUUUUGCCCGUGUUGCCUCAAAAACCUGGUGGUGUUAAAGGAACUCCUAAUGAUGCAUAUGUUCCGCCCCCUGAGAAUAAACUAGAGGGCUCAUACCAUUGGUAUAUGGAAAAAAUCUUUACCUUAUCUGUUGUUCCAUUAGCUACCACAGCAAUGCUAACAACUGGGCCAUUAUCCACCGCAGCGGAUUCUUUUUUUUCUGUCAUGCUAUUAGGAUACUGCUACAUGGAGUUUCAUUCUUGUGUUACCGAUUACAUUUCUGAGAGAGUCUACGGUGUUUGGCACAAAUACGCCAUGUACAUGUUGGGACUUGGUUCUGCUGUUUCUCUCUUUGGGAUUUAUAAACUGGAAACUGAGAACGAUGGUGUUGUCGGCUUGAUAAAAAGUCUAUGGGGCUCUUCCAAGAGAGGAGAUUCUGAGAAGAUUGAGGUUAAGAAAUAA